AUCGAACAGGGCCUGGACUGUGCCUUUGACUCGCUACAAGCGGAAUGACAGAAGAUGACGUUCUCGCCGAAAGAUUUGGGAAAGCUGUUGGAUUUACUUGAGGAGGAAAAUUUGGACACCAGCCUGGAGAGUCUUUGUAACCAGUUACAUCAAACAUUUUCCAAAAAGGAUCGCUUUAACGUGGGAACAACGUUGUUGUUGCAUCUUCAGCAUAUUGACCUGCUCCCGAAACAUGUUCAAGUUCAACGUGUUAUUGCCUUAACGAUGUUGUACGACUUGUACAGAGGCGAACCCUUAGCUUCCACACCUUUUGCCAGUGUGUUUGUACAAGUGCUGAAACCCCAGGAAGAUGCUAAUAACGGCAAUCCGAAACCACCUGGUCACACAGGUCAUAUACCGGUUCUGUCUCAUUGUGAGAAGAAUCUGCUGAUUAAUUUGUUAGGAUACAAUCAGAAGGAUAUUAUGAAAAAAACACCUCGUCAAAUUGUGGACGAGUUAUCGUAUUCUCCUAUACCGUCCAUCGAUUUAACAAAUCUGCAGUUGCAGUUGGCUGAACAUCAGUCCGAACUUCCCGCUAUUAGCAAAUGUGGAAAUCCCAUAAUUCUGCCUGAUGCCGAUCUCACAAAAGUUAACGAAUUUGACAAGACUUGUGUUAGAAAUCUAACAGAAAAUCUUAUCACCGGUGAUCCACCUUUAUCCAGACAGAGCUAUCGUCCUGAAUUUUUGAGACUGGUACCGCCGCUCUAUCACUCCGCGAACGAAAUAGCCUGGUUCAAUGUCACGGAACCGACGCAAUUCACGAUCGAGUACGACACCAGUAUGUGCGUGUCAAAUUGCGCUGGUGCGGAAGCUCGCAAGCUAAUGGGAAAGGCUUUCAAGAGUGUUCUAACGUUACAGCAACAACAACACCUGGUCAACGAAUUGGAAAAAGAUCCCAAGCUUGUUUAUCAUAUUGGACUCACACCUAGCAAACUACCAGACUUGGUUGAGAACAAUCCUCUCAUUGCUAUUGAAGUUUUGUUGAAGCUAAUGCAAUCUAGCCAAAUCACUGAGUACUUCAGCGUACUAGUGAACAUGGAGAUGUCCCUUCACUCCAUGGAGGUCGUGAACAGACUCACGACUACAGUGGAUCUGCCGACGGAAUUUGUACAUCUGUAUAUCAGCAAUUGCAUAUCCACUUGCGAGACCAUUAAAGAUCGUUAUAUGCAGAAUCGCUUGGUGCGGCUUGUUUGCGUGUUUCUGCAGUCUUUGAUAAGGAACAAGAUCAUAAAUGUUCAAGAACUGUUUAUCGAAGUCCAAGCGUUCUGUAUCGAAUUCAGUCGCAUCAGAGAAGCGGCCGCGUUAUUUCGGCUUUUGAAGCAACUCGAAUCUGGCGAUACGGGUGGACUUAAUGCUCCGCCGACAAAAAAUAAAAUAGAUAUGUGUUAAUAUCGAGCUUAUGCAAAUAGAACGUUUUAUUAUUCGUAAAAAUUCGCAAAGGACAAUUGAUCAUUUCAGUUCCAGAUUUGUACUUUAUGUAGUUACUUGAAAACAACAACUUGUGAGAGAAAAUGUUUAUAUCGCUUAUUGAGCUCUUUUUUGAUUAUACGUAAAGAAUAUUAUGCUGAAACACUACACAUCAACGUGUCUGAAAAAAAAAAAAAAAAAUUGAAGUUUAUUCUAAAAAAUAUAUAUGUAUAUACGAUUUUUAAUGUGCUUAUAAGCAGAUUAAAGUUUGCAAUGUGUAUUGCAACAUGAGAAAUGAUACAUUUGGAUUAAAAUGUGUGUGUUUCAAGUUAUUUAGAGUUUUAUACAUAUUUUCUAUAUAUGUUAAUAAAAUGUGAGCUCUAUAAAACACUCCAUUGUGUAAUAAACAAAUAAGCGUCUAUGUAAUGGAUUGUAUAAAUUAUACAAUUAAAUUACACAAUUUUUAUGCUUUUGUACUUAUUGUAACUUCAUACACAUUUCAAAGUACAAAAGAAAUCAAUCACAUAGUAACAAAUAUUAUGUAACGUUUAAUUUUGGUUUAUAUUCUACAAAUCUUUAUUAAU